AUGGUUAGUUACAUGCUUCAUGCUAGAAAUCGAAAUAAGUGGCUUUCAAAUAAAAAAGUUCUAAAAACUUUGAAACAUUUACUACCUAAAGAAUUCAUUAAGAAGCAUGUCAGGGUCCUUCAAAGAACUUUGGAUGAAAAGUCUCCCCUAGAAUUCAAUGAGGAGUCUGACAAACAGCUCAUUUACAUCUUAAAAUAUUUAAUCAAGUGGUUCAGGUUGAACUUUAAAUUUAAAUCUAAUGGACUAAGAGUCUUGGGGUAUUUACCUAAGAACAAACCUCCUGAUCAAUAUUAUCCAAAUAAUGCUACUAAGCUUGAAAAUAUCAAUGAUUUUAUACGGGUAAUAAAGAAAUUUGCUCACAAUCGAGAUACUGGAGCGCAAAUAUUUACAGCAAUAUUACGUUCAUUGGGAUUCGAAGCUCGUCUAGUGUUCUCUUUGCCACUACUUGCGGUGAAUGAUGUUAGCUUGAAGCAACCAAAGCUCGAUUUUCAUAAACUAGAUAUCAACAAAGAUAAUGAUUUACUUUAUCCAUAUUAUUGGACUGAAUUGAUAAAUCCUCUAGAUACUAACGAAGUUAUAGUUAUUGAAACAGAAUGUUUCCAUAAUGAAGAUCAUAGAUUAAUUAGAUUGAAGCGGAUAUUUAAUGACACUAUCGAUGAACAUAAUUUAAAUAGAUUUUAUACGGAUUUAUUUUAUCCUAUCUCAAAUCAAUUCAAUCAGAUGUCCAUGCAUUACGUGAUUGGCUUAUCUAAUGAUAACUUGAUUUUACCCAUAAGCUCGCGUUACAUGCCAGAUAUUUCAUACCGUUGGUUUAAUAAACUAGAUUUGAGAACCGAUUAUGGUAGAUCAACAUUAUUGUUUCAAUCGCUUAUUCGAAUAUUCAAUGGUAAUAGGCAUUACGAUCAUUUAACGGAUUUAGAAUUGAGUACAUUAAGAAAAGUUGCCAUGAUCAAUUACAAAAUCCCACAUAAUAUUACUGCUAUGAAGAGAAAUCCUAAUGUCGUGACAAUUUCUACAUUAAGAUACAAUGAGUCUAUUGAUGUAAAAACCACUAAGGCAAUUAAAAAGAUUCUUCUUGAUACUAAGAAAGAGUCAGUCUAUUUCAAAAAUAAUAUUGUUGUGGGUAAAUCAGUAAAUCAAUGGAAAUUUCUAGGUAGAUCUGUUAUACCAGAAGAAAUUGAAAGGCCCAUAAAAACAACAAAGGCAUUGACACCAAGGACCAUUGAAGGGAAAAGGAUUUUUAAUCUUAACAUACAAAAUAAUCAACCUGAAUUGAACGAAACGAGGCUUUACAGUUUUGCUCAGACUUGCUCAUAUAUUUGUGAUGAAGUUAAAUCAGAUAAUGGUAAUUUAAUACUACCUAGAAACAAAUAUGGAAAUAUAGAGAUCUACAGACCAUGUAUGAUUCCACGUAAUUGUGUUUGGUUGAAACUAUCAAAUCUAGAAGCUUUUCUUAGCAGCUAUAACAAAAGUAAUAUUGAAAUGGUACAUUAUGUUCCCGUAGUAGUGGGUUUUAACUUCAGUACCAAACCCGGUCAAUGCAUACCAGUAAAGCAAGGUGUCCUUAUUUUAAAAGACGAGGAAAAUAGAGUCAAGAAAAUUUGGUUAAAUGAAAAGAUGAAGGCCAGUCACCUUGAGUUUAAAGCUAAAAGGCAGCACGAAGCUUCAAUGUGGAGGAUUUUUAUUCGAAAACUCCGCAUUAAAAGGAGGCUUGAGAAACAGUAUGGU